UCGCAACAAGAUUUGUGUUUAGACAUGGCGGACAACGUAGCUUUCUAUCGGAAAUAGCGGUACCUGCAGAAUGGCCGGUCAACGCUGCUUUUUUGUGGUUGUUUCCUUCUUCUUUCUUAUGGAAUUUUGUUGUGGACAGAAUCCAGAUAUCGGGCGUGUGUUCAUUGGUGAUAUUUCUGAUGCAGGCUCACCCUCAGUCAGUGCUUACUCUUUCGGUUUUUAUGAGCGGACAGGCCAGUCUUUGCCUAUCUAUGCCCUGGUGUUUAGGGAAGGCAAUCCGGCUGUUAUAGGUGAAAAAACUGAGGAUAUCACAGUAACCUGCACUGUGUCUGACACAUCCUCUGGAUUUUCAGCGGUUCAAAUAUUAGACGUGACUCUGAGUGCAGCUGUUAAUGUCACCAAUAUACCUCUGACUCUUGGGGCGUCUGGCCGUUCGGUGACGGUGCAGUGCUCAGGACAGUCAACUGCUGUCAAUGCCUCCUGCCCUGUGAGUCUUGGAGGAUCUCAGUUCUGCCCAGAGACGUCUGCCUCCAACACUGUCUCUGUGGUUAUCCGUCCUCAAGCUACAAUAUCUCUGUGUGAACCAGAGAUAACUGUGAGCAAUGAGGUACCAGGUGCUACAUACACAUUUCCUAUCAGGCUCAGCGAGGAAGUCGUUCAGCCUACAGAUAUCGAUUGCACAGUCUCAGGGGGUCUUGGACUAAACAUAUUGUCCCAGACUGUGCAGCCCAGGAACAUCUCAGUUGAGAUGAGGUAUACGGUGAACAACCCCACAACAGGAAAUAGUGCAACAGUGACAUGCUCUGCACAGUCUCGGACCGGCAACCAGUUCACCUCGCUUGGAAGCUCUGGUCCACUCUCUUCAGCACUCUUUAAGCUGCGGACAAACACGUUCAGCUUCGAACCCAGGUGGUCUGCAGUCUACAACAUGUCCUUCACGUCUCUGCUGACCCUGAGCUCGCCUGUGACUUCGGGAUCAGUACAAGUGGCCUGUCGGGCAUCUGUGGUUGCCUCCCUUGAUGAUGCAGAGGCGGAGAUUGGUAGCCCUGACUGCUCCUUCAGUCCUUCGAGCACAGACCCGGCCUCUUCUUGGGCGGUCGUCGACUCUGUCUUUGACAUUCCGAGCCUCUCCAACCCAGCACAGACGUCGUACAAGCCAGUAACAGCGCAGAGGCUGUCAGCCCCCGUGGACACACGCAUCGAAGUCGUAGUGACCACGUGCUGCGUCCAGUCGUCCAGCUCCAACAGCCAGUAUCAGGGUCAGUCAGCGGUGGCGGUGGCUGUAGCCAACCUCAAACCCUUGGCUUGUAAGAACUGCAAUGCCACGGACGGAAUCUCACAGACUCUUCUAAACCCUGGCUAUGUGGAAGUAGCUCCGUGUCCGUGCGACCUCACCAAGGCGGCCUGUGAUUUCAACUGCUGCUGUGACGAGGACUGCAACGCCGCGGAAAGAGACAGGUUCAGCGAGUGCCUGCCAGGACUGGAAGGUGGCCAGGGGGCCGAUCCUGCCAGGUACAGCUGUUCCUCCAAAGCCUUCGACUUACCAGACUGGCAACCGCUAACCUGCGUGUUCUACGAGAACAACGCCUACCUGGGAUUAUUUUACGCCAACGUCCAAAAGCUGAGCUCGCUUGAGCAGGUCCAAUUUGAAGCCAGUUCCAAAUACAAAGGACGUUUCUCCUUGAGCGAGACGGAAUCAAGAUAUGAGAACAAAGACACAACUACUGCAUCCUAUAGCUAUGGUGUCAGCGUAUCUACGCUUCGUGCCGACCAACUAACCACCGGCAGGCUGGCGCUGUCCCAGGGGGGCCCAGGGGGGUUCUGUAACCCGCUGAGUCCCGUGCAGUUUCUCGUGGACUCGGAGGCUGUGUGUGCUGUGACCUUGACCCAGGGCCAGUGUGUGUCGAACACAGUGUUUAGUGGCAAUGUGUACGCUGUGUCGUCUGCCAUACAGGGAUGUUCUCAGUCUUUCAAGGUAACCAGCACCUUUCAGGGCACGAACUUGGCCCCCGCAGAUGUGCGCUAUUACUGCGCCACUGAUGUCAGCGGCUACCUGAGCUCAACGCCUGGCACAACAAUAAGUGACCUUGACCCUCAAGUAUCUUCCAACUUCCCAGCAGAUCUCUCAGGCCUCCAGUGUAAUGACGGGUGUUCUGAAGCGGCGUGCUGGCAGUACAACACAGGACGGUCCUCAUCAGACGUUUCCCUGCUGCCAGGGCAGUGUUCAUGGGACUCUGGAUUCACCCCACCCCUCAUGCCCGCCAUGAAUGGUGCGACCUGUGAGAAUGUUGUUCUGGAGGUCAGAUACAAUUUUGAGUGGUCCGGGUCGGAAAUCACAAAGCUGACGGCUGAUGUAAUUCUGGGGAACAUUCCCAAUGUGGGUGCCGGUGACGUCAGUCUGAUGCAGAAGUUCUCCGUCAACUGGCAGGCCAAGCCAAACGCCAGUCUGUCACUGUCGGACAACUAUCAGCAGACCCUGGAACCCUAUGCCCGCUCUGGGACUGGAGGGUAUGAACUGGGCGAGUCUCUGCCCAGUGGCUGUGCUGAGUACAACUCGACAACUGGUCAGUUCCAGCAAGUGGACACAAGGACAGAGAAACAGAUGGCCAUAUGGAAACCUGGAACUGAUGGGCUCUGUGCGAACGCUGAGCGAGAGACCUUGACCUUUGGGGAUGACGCUGAGUCCUCAUGCAUUCUUCAACUCAACUUUGACUAUCUCAACAACAGUUGUGAAGAACUGCGAGAACUGAUCACCAACCACCUCAAUGUCCUGAUGGCAUCUAGCGUGAUAGGAAAGACAGGCUACAAUGACCUGACCUCAGAGGACAUGUGGAUACCUGUCCUCAGACAAAACCUUUCCGAAGUUUUCCUGAUGGCCACUGGCGACAUUUCAUCCAACACCAGCAGCUUGAAUGAGUCAGAGCCAUUGUUCAGUUGGGCCGAGCGAAUCCCUGGGAUCUGUCUGGUCCCCUCAGGUGCGGAGCUGAUCGUACUGUACGCUCAGACAGGAGCCAGGGACUACUACCCGCGACUGGAAGUGCUCGGGGCUUACAUCAACUACACAGUAUCCAACUGGACCAUGAACUGUGCCGGCGCCAACAGUCAGCGAUGCAGCCCAGGCUCAACAUUCACUCAAAACUUCUUCGUAUCCAGCAGUGUUCGGUUCGUCAAAGUCCCGCCUGUGCCGCCUGCACCACGAAUCAGAUUCUACACCAAGUUCGACCUGGACAACUGCGACUCCGACUCGUGCUACAGGUUCUUCACGGACUUUGUGUCGGACGUGUGCUAUUACGACACGUGUUGGCAGGAGCUGGCCUACCCCUUGACGGAGGCAUACCACGGGGAGUCUCGACACUACACGCUGCCAUUCUUUCUCCUCACCGUACUCGGGGUGAUUGGCUACGUGGCAGUGACUAAGCCCGGCUGGAGCUGAGGGCAGUCGACUGUAUGGGAUUUGUGUGUAAGUGUGUUCGUUUGGGAUAGAGGUCCUGAGGAUGUGAGAGAGGUCUUUGCUUGUUUGGGAUAGACAUUGCGAGAAUUUGAAUGAUUGUUUUCUGUCCCUAUAGAAUUAUGCAAAUUUAGAUGGCCAAAUUAUGCCCCAAAAAAAUCAAAAUCAUGCCAAAAUUAUGCAAGUUACUGUAACACCAUUCGCGACAUGUUUUGCA